GCAAAGCGGUGGCGGCCGAGGAUCCGUGGCGAACGGCAACGAGAGGAUGGUGCAGUCCUGCUCUGCCUACCGUUGCCGGAAUCGAUACGACAAAGAGAAGCCUAUCUCUUUCCACAAGUUUCCUCUCACAAGGCCCGAUCUCUGCAAGAAAUGGGAAGCUGCAGUGAGAAGAAAAAAUUUCAAACCAACAAAGUAUAGCAGCAUUUGUUCUGAACACUUUACUCCAGAUUGCUUCAAAAGGGAAUGCAACAACAAGCUUUUAAAAGAUAACGCUGUGCCGACAAUAUUUUGCCACACAGAAGUAAAUGUGAAGGCUGAUUUGGGAGACUGUGAGGAACAAGUACAGGCGGAGUCUGAAGACAGCCAAGAACCAGUUGCCAUACAAGCUCCUUCUUCUCCUUCACCUCCACCACCGCCGCAAACUAACCCAAGACUAGUAGACCCAAGCAUUGGAUUGUUAAUGCCCCCGCUCCACACUCCCAAUAAUAUUGCUGUUUUUUGUGACCAUAACUAUACUGUCGAGGAUACAGUUCAUCAACGGAAAAGGAUUCAGCAACUGGAAGAGCAGGUGGAUAAACUGAGGAAGAAGCUUAAAACUGCGCAGCAGCGGUGUAGGCGUCAAGAGAAACAGAUUGAAAAACUGCGGGAGCUUGUUCAGUUUCAGAAGGAAAAAGAUGCGUUGUCAGGCAAAGGUGGCUAUGUGUUUCUUCCUAAUGACUUUUUUGAAAUUGUAGAAGUACCAGCCUAGGAGGCUAAGGUCUAUAUUUAUGGGGCACUGCCAAAUUUAGCCUCGUCAGACUAACUCAAGUUCAGUUUUAAAAUGAAAUGCUCUUUAAAAUGAAAUGCUCUUUCUGUGUAUAAACUAUUUCACCCCAACAGAACAAUAAUAAAAAUACUAUAUAUAUUGUUUUGUCA